UAGACUGGCGUGACGGUGGCCGCGGCGGCGGCGGCAGCAGCGGCGACCAGGUCAGCAUCUUCGGCCAGUGAGCAUGGUAGCAGCCUGCGCCCUAGGCUCCCUCAUCUGGCGCCGCCAGAAGAGCCACCAGCCUAGGGUGCCAAUGGCUACCUGUGUGAGGGAGUGAGCAGCCUGCCCCCACCCCACCCAUUGAUGGGGGACAUAGUAGCCCAGUGACCUGAUACCACACCAUCAACUCCCUCCCACCAGUUGACGAAUGGUGGACAAAACGAUCAGUGGCCCUUGUCAGGGUUCUGGAAUAAUGGAAAGUGAGGCAUGAGCGGCCCUUGUGGUCGCCUGUGAUUGUGGGAAAUAGAGGUCCCAGCACCCCAAGCCAAACCAGUGGACCCUCCUAGCCACUGCCCUGGCCAAUGGGGCCAGUGGGGCCCCAAGAAGCCACCUGACCAUCCAGACCCCACCCCACCUAGUCAUGGCGGGUGCUGAGGGCUUCCAGUACCGGGCACUGUACCCAUUCCGCCGGGAGCGGCCAGAGGACCUGGAGCUGCUGCCGGGCGACGUGCUGGUGGUGAGCCGGGCAGCCCUGCAGGCACUGGGCGUGUCCGAGGGUGGCGAGCGCUGCCCACAGACUGUGGGCUGGAUGCCAGGCUUCAAUGAGCGCACGCGACAGCGAGGUGACUUCCCUGGCACCUAUGUGGAGUUCCUAGGGCCUAUGGCCCUGGCCCGGCCUGGCCCUCGCCCACGGGGCCCCCGCCCAUUGCCGGCCAGGCCACGCGAUGGACCACCUGAGUCAGGCCUCAUACUUGCUGACUUGCCGGAACAGUUCUCCCCACCUGAUGUGGCACCCCCUAUUCUGGUGAAGCUUGUGGAGGCCAUUGAACGGACAGGGCUGGACAUCGAAUCCCACUAUAAGCCAGAGCUGCCUGUCCCGCGCACAGACUGGUCACUGAGCGAUGUGGAUCAAUGGGACACCGCAGCCCUGGCAGAUGGCAUUAAGAGCUUCCUGCUGGCGCUGCCUGCUCCCAUAGUAACACCAGAGGCCUCAGCCGAGUCACGCCGGGCCCUGCGGGAGGCCGCGGGGCCCCUGAGGCCUUUGUUGGAGCCCCCGACGCUGCCGCUGCACCGCGCGCUCACACUGAGCUUCCUACUCCAGCACCUGAGCCGAGUGGCCCGCCGCGCCCCAGCUCUGGGUCCCGCGGUCCGAUCCCUGAGCGCCACCUUCGGGCCGCUGCUGCUGCGCGCGCCACCGCCCUCGCCACCGGCAGGGGGCGCGCCCGAUGGAAUUGAGCCCAAUCCUGACUUCCCCGCACUGCUGGUGGAGAAGCUGCUUCAGGAACAUUUGGAAGAGCAGGAUGUUGCACCCCCAGCGCUGCCACCUAAACCCUCCAAGGCAAAGCCAACACCCACAGGCCUGGCCAAUGGAGGGAGCCCACCCUCCCUGCAAGAUGCUGAGUGGUACUGGGGGGAUAUCUCCAGGGAGGAGGUGAAUGAGAAACUCCGGGAUACACCUGAUGGCACCUUUCUGGUCCGAGAUGCAUCCAGCAAGAUCCAGGGGGAGUACACAUUAACCCUCAGGAAAGGUGGGAACAACAAGCUGAUAAAGGUCUUCCACCGUGAUGGGCACUAUGGCUUCUCAGAGCCACUCACCUUCUGCUCUGUUGUGGACCUCAUUAACCACUACCGCCAUGAGUCAUUAGCACAGUAUAAUGCCAAACUGGAUACGCGGCUCCUCUACCCUGUAUCCAAGUACCAGCAGGACCAGAUCGUCAAGGAGGACAGCGUGGAAGCAGUGGGUGCCCAGCUCAAGGUCUACCACCAGCAGUACCAGGACAAGAGUCGGGAGUACGACCAGCUCUACGAGGAGUACACACGUACCUCCCAGGAACUACAGAUGAAGCGCACAGCAAUUGAGGCCUUCAAUGAGACCAUCAAGAUCUUUGAGGAGCAGGGCCAGACACAGGAGAAGUGCAGCAAGGAAUAUCUGGAGCGCUUCCGGCGUGAGGGUAAUGAGAAGGAGAUGCAGAGGAUCCUGCUGAACUCAGAACGGCUCAAGUCUCGCAUUGCCGAGAUCCAUGAGAGCCGUACAAAGUUGGAGCAGCAGCUUCGAGCACAGGCCUCAGACAACCGGGAGAUUGACAAGCGCAUGAAUAGCCUCAAGCCAGACCUUAUGCAGCUGCGCAAGAUCCGGGACCAGUACCUCGUAUGGCUCACCCAGAAAGGUGCCCGGCAGAAGAAAAUCAACGAGUGGUUGGGGAUCAAAAACGAGACUGAGGACCAGUACGCACUGAUGGAGGAUGAGGAUGAUCUCCCCCACCAUGAGGAACGCACAUGGUACGUGGGCAAGAUCAACCGCACACAGGCAGAGGAAAUGCUGAGUGGCAAGCGAGACGGCACCUUCCUCAUCCGCGAGAGCAGCCAGCGGGGCUGUUAUGCCUGCUCUGUGGUGGUGGACGGUGACACCAAGCACUGCGUCAUCUACCGUACGGCCACCGGCUUUGGCUUCGCAGAACCCUACAACCUGUAUGGGUCAUUGAAGGAGCUGGUGUUGCACUACCAACACGCCUCACUGGUGCAGCACAAUGAUGCGCUUACUGUCACCCUCGCUCACCCUGUGCGUGCUCCAGGCCCUGGCCCGCCACCUGCUGCCCGCUGAGCACCACUGAGAACCCAGUGCUGAGCAGAGCCACCCCUGGACUACAGGACAGACCAGCCACAUCCAAGGGUCUCCAUCUUGCUUGCUCUCUCUUCUUUGGGGUUCUCUCAGCAUCUCUCUUUUUUUCUCUCUUUUUCUCCAAGCCUCUCUCCCUCUUUC